UUCAUAAUUAACUCGCGGCUUUUUUGUUUACGUUUAUAAAAGUUUUGCUAGAUUGUUUUUUUUAUAAUAAUUGUAUAUUUUAUUAGAAUUUUAUAAUUUUAUUAAAAUGUCCAAUGAUAAAAGAACCAUCUAUGUUGGAGCACUUGCCGAUGAAGUAACAGAAAAACUCUUGAAUGAUGCUUUCAUUCCAUUUGGUGACAUUGCCGACAUACAAAUGCCCGUCGACUACGAAUCCCAAAAACAUCGAGGUUUCGCAUUUAUCGAAUAUGAAGCUUCCGAAGAUGCUGCUGCAGCUAUUGACAAUAUGAAUGACUCGGAGCUAUGUGGACGAACGAUUCGUGUCAACCUAGCCAAACCAGUACGAGUGAAGGAAGGAAGCUUUAAACCAGUCUGGGCAGAUGAUGACUGGUUGCAAAAACACGCUGGUGCUACUCUGACAAAUGAAGAAGGAGCUGAAGGAACAGAACAACCAUCAUCUGAAGAACAAGUUGAAAAUGUCACUCCAGUGGUUAUUUCUAAACCAGAAAAACGUAAUCCCCAAGUAUUCUUUGAUAUUCGUGUUGGUGGCAAUGAUGUUGGGCGCAUUGUAAUGCUGCUACGAGCCGAUGUUGUUCCAAAAACAGCGGAAAACUUCCGAGCGCUUUGCACCCAUGAACAAGGUUUCGGGUACAAAGGAAGCACUUUCCAUAGAAUCAUUACUGAAUUUAUGUGUCAAGGAGGUGAUUUUACCAAUAAUAAUGGCACUGGAGGAAAAUCUAUUUAUGGAAAGAAAUUUGCUGAUGAAAAUUUCAACUUAAAACACAAUGGCUUUGGAACUCUUUCGAUGGCUAACUCUGGAGCUAAUACUAAUGGUUCACAGUUUUUCAUCUGUACCACUAAAACCGAUUGGUUGGACAAUAAGCAUGUUGUUUUUGGACAUGUUAUUAGUGGUGCCGAUGUUGUGAGGAAAAUUGAAAGAUGUGGAACAAAAGCAGGAACUCCAACUCAAAAAGUAAUUAUAUAUUCUUGUGGAGAAUUGAAGUAAAUUAAAUAAAAAAGAAGUUGGCCGUUCUUAUCUAUCCGCAAUAUAUUUUAAUGAACAAGUUCAUUAAUAUUAGGCGAUGAACUCUCAUCAUAUUAAAUUGAAUUGAACCAAGUAAUUUUUUGACAAAUUAAAAAUUUUUUUUUUUAACUUACCAUUUAUUUAAUCCAAGAUUAUUCAAGGCAUCUUUGGUUUUUUUAAGUUUAUAAAUGAUAUGCCAGAUUGUUUAAAAGUUUGAUUAUAUAAAUGAUUUGAUAUUUUUGGAAAAGCAAACAUUUUUAAAGUUAAAUAAAACUUCAAUGUUCAAGUUAGGUAAAAUAGUUUUUGAGAAAAGCACGUCCAACUUUGACAAAUGACGAUAGUAAAA